ACAGGGAACUUGCCGGUGCGGAGAAGAGCGGCAAACAAUGGCGGGAGCUUUGAAAAGCUUUUCUCCGAUAGCUAUGAUCAAUGCCGAUACUGAACUUCUGGUUCAACUGCCUCAGAAUGAUUGCAAUUCUAGGGUUUUGGUACUCGGAGGCACCGGUCGGGUCGGAAUCUCCAUUGCCAUUGCUGUCUUCAAGUUCUGUCACGACCUUCAGAUCGUCAUUGGCGGUCGCAACAGGUGCGGCGUGCUGUGAAACGGAAAAAGGUGCUGUAAUGGUUGCGAGAGUUGGGAGAAACUCUCGAUUUGUUGAAGUCGAUGCUGAGAAUGUAAAAUCAUUGGAGGCUGCUUUGAGAGAUGUGGAUCCUGUAGUUCAUACUGCUGGGUCAUUCCAACAGACAGAGAAGUGCACCGUACUUGAAGCUUCCAUAAAUAUCCAGCCUACGUUGGUGUUUGUGAUGAUACAAACUAUUCACAGAAUGCAAAAGCUUUCAAGAAUAAAGCUAUGGAGGCAAAUAUUCCAGCUAUUACAACUGCAUUUAUCCUGGAGUGAGCAAUGUAAUGGUGGCAGAGCUAGUACGUGCUGGAGAGAUGAAAGCAGGGGUGAUCCCGAUAGGCUAAAGAGAAGUCCCUGAUAAUCAUGCAACUAAUUCUACCUGCACUGCAGGCAAUGGUGGUACUGGUCCAUCUAUAUUAGCUACUAGUUUCUUGCUGCUGGGAGAGAAGGUGGUCGCCUAUAAUAAAGAUGAGGCUACUUCAUGGAUAGCAGGUGACGAGAAGGAAAGUCGUGUAGUUUAUGUAAGAAUGUGAUUUCUCUGGGCACAAACAUGAUUUUAGAGAAUUGCUUUCAACAAUGAAAACAGAAUACACCAUUCUUUAAAAAACGAAGAGAACAAAAUCAGACCACAUAUAGUCAUCAGCAUGAAGAUCUGGAAUAGUACUUCGUCAGCCACAGAUCAAAUUCGACAUAAACGUAAAAAGAAGAGGGUACAUCGAACACACGAAAAUGUUAUGCAGAAAAUGGUAAUUACCAGAUUGUUGAAGCUCUAAACUGUAGUAGUUAUCCUUAUUCUUGUGUUAGCAUCCUGUCAGAGACUCAGCCAGCCAUUAGAUGUUGUGACACACCUGUUUACUCAUCUCUUCUCUGUCUGUACAUGGCACUGUGAACAACUUCAAACUUCCUCUGUGGAACACCUACAUUUUACUUCCUUUGUGGCAU